CCUUCCUCUAUCAGCAGCUGCGCGUCCUCCAAACAAAAAAAAAAAACCCCUAGAUUAUCCAUCUCGGGAAAGCUUCUCAUUAAAUCAAACCCUAAAAUCACGAUGGGAUCCAGAUCUCGCAGCGAAAACUUCAAAUCCGGCGAUGGCGCUAGCCCAGGGAAAAUAUUCAUCGGAGGAUUACACAAAGACACCACUAACACUGAGUUCAAUAAGCACUUUGGAAAGUACGGAGAGAUUACAGACUCGGUGAUAAUGAGAGAUAGAAACACUGGAUUACCUAGAGGUUUCGGUUUCAUAACGUUUGCUGAUCCUGCUGUUGUUGAUCAAGUUAUUGAAGAUACUCACACUUUUAAUGGCAAACAGGUUGAGAUCAAGAGGACGAUUCCUAAAGGUGGUGGUGGUGGUGGUGAUCAGUCGAAGGAUUUUAAGACUAAGAAGAUUUUUGUUGGUGGUAUACCCUCCUCUGUUACUGAAGAUGAGCUUAAGGACUUUUUUGCCAAGUAUGGGACUAUAGUGGAGCACCAGAUAAUCCGAGACCAUGAAACAAACAGGUCUAGAGGUUUUGGUUUUGUGAUUUUCGACAGCGAGGAGGUUGUUGAUGAGUUGCUGUCUAAAGGGAACAUGGUCGACAUGGCUGACACUAAGGUGGAGAUCAAGAAAGCCGAACCAAAGAAAUCUUCAAACCGUUCACCUCCUUCUUAUGGUAGUCACCCUAGAGGCCGUUCUUCCUUUAACGAUAGUUAUGGCGGUGGUUACGGUCCACCUUAUGGAGGUUUUGAUGGAGGGUACGGUCCUCCUCCAGGUCCAAUUAGGUCACAUGGAGGUCCUCCUAGUAGGUUUGCUGCAGGGUAUGGGUAUGGUCGUGGAGGUGUAGGCCCUGAAUAUGGAGGAGGGUAUGGUGGUAGCUAUGGGGCUGGUAGUUUAGGUUACAGGAGUGAACCACCCCUUGGCUACUCUAGUCGUUUUGGACCUUAUGGGAGUGGGUUUGGUGGUGAGGCGUAUGGAGGUGGUAGUGGUGGUUAUGGUGGAGGAUAUGGUCGUGGAGGAGGAGAAGGCUACGGGGGAUAUGGUGGUGGCCCAGGGUAUGGUGGGGGAUUUGAAUCUGGUGGUCCAGGUGGCAGUUACGAAGGAGCAGGUGGUCCUGGUCCAUAUGGUAGAGGUUAUAGUAGCAGUAGUCGUUACCAUCCAUAUGCAAGAUAGGCUCGAACCGUUUCAGAUCCUUUUUGGUAGACGCUAUUCUCUAGAUUCGCGUAGUUGCAUUCUAGAGGAAACUAGAGUUAUCUCAUGUAGCGGCUACAUCAGGAAGGAUUUGCUAAGAGCAGGAAGAGCAUCUAAAAGUUUUUUAUUGCCAUAUUUAGACAUCUUCUAGUUUGUGUGUGUUUGUUUAACUUAAGUGUUGCUUUUUAAUCUCUCGACUUAGAUUUAUGUUAUCUAGACUAUAGCGUAUUUGGGAUUUGGAGUUUGGUUUAUUUGUCACUACCAUAAGAAUAACUCUGCUGAUAGUCUCUCGUUAGAUGAUUAAUGACUUGAUUUAAGUUUACCUCAAUCCCUUGCUUAGUUUGCGUAAUCAUACUAAUUAGCUUAACUGCCUAAGCUUAAGAAUCUUUGCAUAAAUGAAUUCAUCAUUAUUUAGCGCUCAAAUUUGAGCUUUUUGGUAGUCUAAUCUUUAUCUCUUUAGGUUUUGUGGUUCCAAACUCUGGUUAGAGUCGAAUUAGUAGGUUUUUAGUGCAUGUGUAAACUAGGUUUUUUAGUGGCAACUGUUCACGUAAGUCGUAGCUACAUUUUAGAAGUAAAUACAAACCGAAAUACGUCCUUCGAGUCCGAGCCUCGAAGUAAUUCUUGGUGGUUUACUUGUUAGAAUGUUGUAAUAUCGUAGCCCUACACGUCAAAAUAGGCCAUGAUGGUUGUUAGCUUGGUCUAUCUAGAGUCCUUCGAGUCCGAGCCUCUGGCCCAUAUGGAUAUUCGGUUCGAGUUUCGUUUUGUACUCGCAAUGUUUUUAAAAGUUUAGCCUAAAGUAUAGUAUGAAAUUCGAGCUGUUUGGAACUCUUACAUGUAAUUUUGUUCACGACUCAAUUGUUUGAGUAACAAUUGAUUGUGACUUUGUACUUUAUCUAAGCGAUGGAGAAAUUGACCUGAUUGUUCGAAUGUCAAAAAGAAAUCUCAUUCAUUAAGGAGCCAAUAAAUUAUUUGUCUUUUACGGCCGAAAAGAAGUCCAGUAAAGCCCAGAACAGUUAAAAAAUAAAAUGAAAUUUAUUUUUCUUUAUGUAAAAUCACUCCUUGACGGAAGCAAACAUCUAUUUACGGCAAAGAAAACGAGAAUCUCUAGGGUAUUAAGAACAGUAGUUCUAAAAAUCACUAUUUUAAGAUGUACAAUUUUCAGUGACAAAAAAAAAAAAAAAAUGUACAAUUUUACACAUUAACUUAAUUUUAAUACUAAAGAUUCUUCAAGCUUCAUAAAUCCAUUGUCGACUAUUUUUCAGAGGUUACUCUAUUUGUAAGAAGGUAGAAAAGAAAGAGAAAAGGAAGGAAAAAGGAAGGAAAAGAAUAAGCAAAGAGGGAGAUGAUGAUGAUGAAGAUAAAACUUAAGGAGAAAGACCAAGAUAAGAUAAGACAAGAACCUUACAACAUGUCUCAACGUGCACGUCGUAGUGGUGGCUCGGCGGUUAUAGGAAAGUCAUCAAGUGUGUGAGGCUAAACUGUUUAUGCGCACCAACGACACACCCUGGCUCCUUCAGGUGCCGUUACCAUAACUCCAGUCUCGGAAUGUCACGUGGCAUAUAUGUUCCCUCUAACCUUUCCACGUUGGCAGGGGGAGGCUCUAGUUCUAACUCUACCAUGUCUUAAAAAGUCGUUUCCCCAAAGAACAAAAAAUAUUACAAUGUUGUUUCUUCUAAAUGCAAAACCUCUGGACUCCAAUGUGUUUGUGAGUACAUAUAAAAACACGAGACAGGCUUUGGUUUUUCUUUUCUUUAUGUUCUGUUGGUAAAAAGGAUAUACUUUGUAGUUCUUUAAUUUAAGAUAAUGAAUAACAAGGAAAUAAAUCUCUGAAU